GGGAACUUCUGUUGACAAUUGAUGGAAGGUUGCUCCCUUUAACUUUCGUAACUGCUCAAGAACUAGAUGAUUCUCCAUCAUCUCUAAAACAUUUUCCAAUAUUUUGAAAGAAUCCGGACCGUCAUGUUUAGGAAAUUUCAGCUUGCUUUGUUGAAUUUUAUGUGGUUUUACUGUUCGUUUCAAUAUGGCGAUGGUUAGUUGCUUAGUGCUUCGAAGGUCUCCUUGCUUAUCAUGAAUUUCUUGAUAUUCUUUUGUAUUUCUUUGUAUAAUUUUGGUACGAAGCCUUGAUAUUCCUAUGAUUAUCUAUAAGUGCAUACGAGUUGCGUAAUUAUGAAGUUGUGCAUGUGAUAAAGAAAAGAUUUCAUCCGAAAAGUUAUUUCGCUCGGGCAGCACAGUAGAUUCGGCAAUUGCCGUCCUACUAAGUCAAAGAAGAACUGCUGCCAAGAUAGUUUCUUGUUAUUUCACUGCAUACCAACGACGUUUAUAAAUAUUUCAUCCCGGAAAGUUGGAAUUCUUUUAAUAAUUUUCAAAUUUUUUGACGUUCCAAUGUUGUAUGAUAAAUUUUUAUUUAUCAUUACAAUGGUUAAACAGUUUUAAAGUGAUCAGUUCCUUUUUGGAAGUCAAAUAAAUAAAUUUUGGCUUUGACUGUAACAGUAGGAACACAUAUUCAUGUUUCAACUAGAUAGGACAAUUUAAUUGGAUGUGAUAAUUAACAAUAUUUAAUAUUAUAUUUUGAAGGCUAUGUUGUAAAAAAAAAUCUUAAACCUUAAAUAGACAAGACUAAUUGCAAUAAAUUAUUAAAACAAUUUUAUUUACAACAACAUUUAAUUACUCUAAGGCCCUGUAAUUUAUACAUUACAAAAUCUGUGUAUAAUGGCUGAAACGCAAAGAAUACCUGUGUAUGGUACACGUCCUCCUUGUGCUAAUGGAAAUCGUUUAGAAGAACGUCAUGCUAAAAGAGCAGCAAUAAGGUUAGAAAGAAAUCGGAAACCCGAUAAGCCAGAAGAUUUUGUCUGUUAUGAAUCAAGUGACGAUGAAGCAGACACAGUAUGUGAAGGAGUACAGUACCUAAAGACUUCUUUUAAUUUUGUGGAUUAUGUGCGUGCACGAGAAACAAAUACAAGAGAAGUGCGAAAGAUUAAUCAGGAAUAUGGAUUUCGACAUAUAUUAACUCAUGAUUUGUACAAAGAAUAUUCGGUUAGCUUAAAUAAUAUGAAUAAGGUUUUUUGUUCUCAAUGGUUAAGUGAUAGGCAAGUAGUAUUCGGAACAAAAUGCAACAAAUUGAUGGUUUAUGAUGUAGCAACACAGAAAUUAGACCAAAUACCAUCUCUGCAUGGAAGACAAAUUAAUUCAGGAGGUGGUGCUGUUCCCGAGCAACAAUGUGGUAUACAUUCUGUUCAAAUAAAUCCUUCUAGAACUCUUCUAUCAACUGGAGCAAGAAAUAGUACCGAAAUAGCAAUAUAUAGGUUACCAACUUUAGAUCCAGUGUGUGUAGGAGAAGAAGGCCAUAGAGACUGGGUCUUCGAUAUGUGUUGGUUAGAUGAUGAGUUUUUAGUUUCUGGUGCUAGAGAUACCAAAAUGGCUUUAUGGCAUAUAGACAGUGAUCUUGCAGAAGCCCCUGACAAAGCAGAUGUACCAACACACAGAUUGAUUCGACCUGUGUGCGUCAAGGAAUGUAGAUCAGCACAAAAAGUACGAGCACUUGCUUUUAAUAGGACCUAUAAAGAAAUUGCUGCUCUCACUCUGAAUAGUUUUAUACAUAUAUGGUCCGCUGAGACUUUCAGACAAAAAAUAUCUAGAAAAUUACCAGCUUGUCAAGAAAAUGUUUGUCUUGCUGUACAAGAUGACGGCGUUUAUGCAGUAGGUUGCCGUUCUUAUACUCUACUGUUAGAUGCAAGAACUUUGCAGCCCAUAAAAAAAAUACCUUCGCGAUAUAGCGGCUGUGGAAUCCGAUCGGCUAGUUUCCAAGGUUCUGUUUUGACAAUUGGAACAGGUUUAGGAAUGCUAAUGUUUUACGAUGUUAGAGCGCAAAAGUAUCUAGAGUCUUCAAUCAAUUCAAAUAGGACUGUAGUAUUAAAAGCUUCAAAAGGAUAUGUGUUUCCAGAUGAAGAGUACAUUGAUGGAUUCCAAAACGUGAAAUAUACACCUGCUAUAUAUACUCAUUGCUAUGAUGGAUCCGGAACGCGGCUAUUUACAGCUGGUGGACCACUUCCUGUAAAUCUUUAUGGUAAUUAUGCAGGAUUAUGGCAAUAAAGUUAAUUUUAGCCGAAUAAAGAGCCGCAUCGAUUUUUACUGACUUUAUGCGCAGCCAUUUGAAACUUAAAACAGACAGAUUGAUUUUUAAAAGCUAUACUAAGAGUUUGGUGUACUUAAGUGAUAAAGUUCACUGUUAUGUUUCUCCUUGUCUUACAAGUUGAAUUCAUUAUUGCAGCAAAGAUAUAAGUGUAUUUUCGAUGCUUAGAAUAGAACAUUUUAGAAGAUUGAGAAAUUGUUAACAUGUAAACAAUAAGUAACUGGUUUAUCAAUGUAUCAUGGUGAAUAUAUGAUAACAAAAUAUAUUCUGUAUGCUUGUACAUUGACAGAUUACAAAUUGUUGACAUAUAUUCAUAAAAUCAUUACAUAACAUAAUAAAUAAAAAUGUGUGUUGUAUUUAUAUAAAUUCAUAAUUAAACUAUACAAAACAUGUAUGUGAUGAUACAUAAUGAACGAAUACAUUGAAAUGCAUUUUAAUAUGGACUAUCAGAUGUACUUUUUAUUAUAAAUACUAUGAACCAAAAUAUGAUAUGUAAUUCUGUUUUUAAUGUCUGCCAUAAUUUUAUGCAUUUAGACUAUUCUAUCUUAAUAAUAAUUGCUAAAUUCAGUUCAUUGCUUUCAUAUAAAAUGUUUUAAGUAACAACUAUUUUCUAUACACAACACGAUGUCCAUCUUAAAACGUCCUAAUUUGUCGUACUGAUAUCACAAAUAAUAAAAUCUAAGUAUCACAUAUUUUAUCUCAAAUAAUGCAAUAGAAAAGGUAUAAAUAAAUAAUUUUUAUACUUGAAGUAUAUAUAUAAGUUAUAAAACAAUUUUGUGCAGUUAUAAUCACUGCAUUAUUAUAGCAGCAAAAUGUUCUCUGAUGUAUUAUGCUUACCGUAAGAGAUAUUAGAGAAAAUUUUUGUAAGAAAGCAAAGUAUGCAUAAUGUCGACCGAUUUGUCCUUGUAUCUCUUAACAGAUAUCUUCUGUUGUUCAGAGAAGAACAUGUUAUAUGUAUUUUUUUCUUUUCGUUAUAAAAAUGUAAUUUAAUUUGUUAUCAUUAUUCUGUAUGGUUGUGUUCCUAGAUCUAUAAUAAAAUGUUAUUACAGAAGUAUUUAUUAUCUGUGUUAAGAAUAGAGGGACAAUGUAAUAAAUAACAUCUUAAGCUCUUUUUUGAAUAUUUUGUUUCAAAAAUUUACAGUAUAUUUCAUUGUUAGAAAAUUAUCCAGUGCAAGUAAUAUGUGUGCAUAGAAAUUUGUAAUAAAUUUACAGUCAGCUUAAUUCUUGUUACGUUUCCACAAAUUAUUGUAACAACAAAUUUUUUAAACAAAUACAUACAACAUUCUGUUUGAACCCAUUACAAUAGUGAAUCAUAUUACUUUUUUCUUUUAAAUGUUUAUUUGGUGAUUUUCU